AUGCUUCCAAUUACUCCGGCCCUUGUGGCUGUUGCCACGACCGUCCUGGUUUACCGUCUCCUUCAGAUUGGUCGUCGUCCGAAGAACUACCCUCCAGGCCCUCCAACCCUACCUAUACUCGGUAACAUUCACCAGAUGCCCUCUCGUGACGCUCAUCUCCAGUUCGAGAAGUGGGCGCGGGAGUACGGUCCUAUCUACAGUCUCAUGCUGGGCACUCAGUGCAUGAUUGUUCUAUCGAGUGACAUGGCUGUCAAGGAGCUCCUCGAUAGGCGCAGUGGAAUCUACUCCUCCAGGCAGGAAAUGUACAUCGGCCAGAAGCUAUGCAGUGGCGGUCUCCGGAUGUUGAUGAUGGAGUACGGACCAACAUGGCGAAUGUUCCGUAAAAUGGUCCACGGCCUUCUAAACGUCGUCACAUCAAAAAGCUACAUCCCCUACCAGAUGCUCGAGAACAAGCAAAUGCUCUACCAAUUCCUCACCGAGCCCGACGACUUCCUCAAGCAUAUCCGCCGAUACUCCAACGCUCUCACAACGACUAUGGUCUUUGGCUGGCGCACACCGACCUACGACGAUCCCAAAAUGAUGCAGCUCUUCGACGGCUUCAACGAGUUCGCGGACCUAAACCAGACCGGCCCAGCUGCAUUCGUCGACUUCUUCCCUUUCUUCCAGAAACUCCCUUCCUUCCUUCUCCCGGCAAAGAAGAAGGCAAUGGAGCUCCACAGGCACGAGAAAGCUCUGUACAAGGGCCACUGGCUCAAGGCAAAAGAGGACAUCCGCAAUGAUAACAUCAAGCCGUGUUUCAGUAUUGGGAUGAACGAGGCGCAGAAGAAAGAGGGCUUCAGCGAUGACCAGGCGUCUUAUAUCUCGGGCACUUUGCUCGAGGCCGGCUCGGAUACGACCUCGAGUACCCUGUAUGCAUUCGUCCAGGCAAUGCUGCUGUAUCCGGAUGUCCAGCGCAGGGCUCAGGAGGAGAUCGACCGCGUUGUCGGUCCCGACCGUCUUCCUGUGAUGGAGGAUUUAGAUAGUUUGCAGUAUGUCCGCGGCUGUAUGAAGGAAACGCUGCGCUGGAUGCCGACAACUAUCAUGGGUGCUGUCCCGCACGCCGUUACCCAGGACGACGAGUACAUGGGCUACUUCAUCCCCAAGGGCGCUGGAGUGUUGCACAAUGUCUGGGCGAUUGGUAUGGACCCCAAGCGUCAUCCUAACCCGAGACAGUUCAGCCCAGACCGGUACAAGGACGACCGCCAGAGUCUUGGUGACGCGGCUGCGAACCCUGAUGGGUCUAAGAGGGAUGCGUUUACCUUUGGCGCUGGUCGUCGUAUCUGUCCUGGGAUUCACGUUGCCGAACGUAGUCUGUUCUUGGGUAUGUCGAGGAUUCUGUGGUCGUUUGAUAUCAAGCCUGCGAAGGACGCGGGCGGGAAGGAUAUCAUUCCUGACCAGGAGCGCUUGACGCAGGGGUUUGUCUGUAUGCCUGAGGAGUUUCCGGCGAGUAUCACGCCGCGGUCGAAGGAGAGGGCCGAUAUGGUUCGAAGCGAGUGGGAGGAUGCGCAGAAGGAGUGUCUGGAUCCGGAGACGAGGCAGUGGUUGCAGUCGCCUGUUGAUGCGAAGAAGGCUUUACGGGGGAUGUCUUAG